UCACUGGGUAAGCCUGUAAGUAUGGCUGUAUUCUGAGUGCUGAGGGUAAUGUUGAGGUUUUCAGAAACUAUGGAAUAAGACAGGAUACUUUGAAGUGUUUCAUUUGUAUCACAAGAUUUUAAAAAGGGAGAAAACAGAGUAAGUGCUGCAGUAAGUUCUUGAUGAGCAUUUCAUGAUGCUGUACCAACAUCUGAGUCCAAACCUGAUACCAGGUUGCCACCCGCUGGUCGGGGGUUAAUUAAAUGGCUUUCACAUUUUUAAAAUGAAACAAAACAUGUUCUCGGCCAAUAUUUCUUUUCGAUUGUGACUCCACCACUUGUGAAAUACUGAGAAAACUUAAAUUUAACAAAAAAAUGAAAAAAGACAGAAAAUAUUUAGCUCAGUUUAGCGUGGUAACAUUGAAACACCGCGGGGAAUUAUUCAGGCAGUGCUCAAAGUGUCAGGAUUUACUCACAGUCGAUUAUAACAUUGUGAGGGAGACGUGCUUUUAAUGCAUCGACAUUUCUCAUGCAUCUCCUAAUUGCAUGUUUUAAUAUUUCCACAGAGCUGUUAGCUGCGGGCUAAUUUAGACAGAUGAGUCAUGUUAAUUCAACAGCUCAAACAGCUGCUGGUUUAAUGGACUUCUUAAGUGAGGAGCUUGUUUAUAAAAGCUGCAACUUUGUUUACAGCAUUACUGGCAAACGCUUGGCUUGCUGUCAUGCAGCCAAAAGCUUAGGAUGUCGUUAAAAGCUUGUUUGUUCCCUCUUCCCCUUAAAUGGGCUGAUUUGAUAUGAAACUAUAUGUAUAUAUUGUUGUUGUUGCAGCACAUUAACGUUUUGUUGUUGUUGUUUUUUUAUUUUAUUUUUCAUUGCUCACAAUGCCCACUGCCACCUCUGCUUUCACGCACAACCACAACCGCAUCACCCAUUUGUCGACCCACCCACCCAGACUCGGAUAGCCUCUCCAGCCCCACUCGCCUCAGCCUGUCAGACGGGUCAGAGGACCAGCUCGACCGUCUGCAGCAGGUGGAGCUGGCCAGGACAACGCCCAUGUCUCUGUGGAGGGCAGGCACCGUGCAGGCCUGGCUGGAGGUUGUCAUGGCGAUGCCCAUGUACAUCCGCACCUGCUCAGAAAACGUCAAAAGCGGCAAGGUUUUACUGGGGUUAACGGAUGAAGACCUGGAGCUGGGUCUAGGUGUCAGCAAUUUGAUGCAUCGUCGGAAACUCCGCCUGGCCAUUGAAGAUUACAGAGAUGUUGAGAACGGCAGAGGGCUGUCCAAGGCUGCGGAUAUGGACCACCACUGGGUGGCAAAAGCCUGGUUAAGCGAUGUGGGUUUGCCUCAGUACUCCCAGGCAUUUCACAAUCACUUGAUAGACGGGCGAGUCCUGAACUCUUUGACACGUCGGGACCUCGAACGUCACUUAAACAUCACCAAGAAGUUCCAUCAGGUCAGCUUGCUGCUGGGCAUCGAACUGCUGCAGUUGCUUCAUUUUGACAAGGAGGCAUUACAGGUUCGCCGGAUACAGUGCGAGCACCAGAAUGUGGAUCCUCUGGUAUGGACCACGCAUCGGGUCAUGAAAUGGAUCAGAGAUAUUGACCUCAAGGAGUUUGCUGAGAGUCUCCUAAACAGUGGCGUUCAUGGGGCUGUCAUGGUGCUAGACCCCACUUUCAACACUGACACGAUGGCAACGGUGCUAGGAAUCUCCAGCAGCAAGCACAUGGUUCGCCGACACCUUGUGGAAGAGAUGAAAACACUAAUUGGCCAAGCCAGCGUGGAUGCCAAACAGGAAUACGAGCAUUUAGGUCUGGGGACACCACCUAUCCUCCUUCGGCAGAACUCUUUGGGCAGACCUCCCACCUCUACUGCCCGGCACACCGAUGAAGAAGGCUCAUUGAGAAGGAGGGCUGUGAAGCCUCCGGCAGGAUUUAGUCCCAAAGCUCGCAAUGGGCGGGACUUGAGUUGCCAUAGCAGCUAUGGCUCCCUGCCUAGAGAAGUUCGAGAUCACACUCCGCCCAGGGCAGAAGGAAGCCCCAUCCGUGGUUACACCAGCAUCGAGGUCACCAAUGUGUGAUGUCAUCAGAGUUCUACCAAUACCAGUCAUUCACUUCAUGACAAUGUACAACAUUGACAUUUGUCAUCCAUGUGCACGCAAACAUGGGAUGGUGAUUUUUUUUAUCUUAAAAUGAGCCUUUACAGGGCAGCUUGCACUUUGUAACAAGGAAAAUGUUGUUCUUUUUUUUCUUUUCUUUUUUUUACAAGUUUCCUGUUUUUUGGGAAGUUUUAGCAUCUUUGAGGACAGUAAGCGCCCCUCCCCCAAUGCCAGAAUUAAGAUGACUAUGAACGACUCGAGCUAUAUAUUUUUCUAUUCUUGUGUGUACACCAGGAGGUAACUAACUGAAAUGUUUUUUUCUUUUUUUUGACUAGUGAGGGAAAUGACUGUUUGUAUUAUACUGAGCACUUGAUGACAAAAUGUAAAAAAAAAACCAGUUUCAUAUUUCGUAACCGUGUAAGUGGCUCUUGUCUCAUUCAAUUCUGCCGUUUGUGAUGCCUUGUCAAUGUGACUUAGCAUUAAAAAAAACAACUUAAAAAGACUUGAACUGAAUUUAAAAAUUUUAGAAUCUAUGUUUGAUAGUCAUUUUUCAUCUCGCACAUUUACACUGUUGUGUCAAAGCAAAUGUAGCACCUCUUCUGAUGUUUUAUACUGUGCAGUAAACAUAAAAUAUCUGAGCAAUGCCAACAACAACAAAGAAAAAGAUUGCUGAGCUGUGAUGUGUGAGCGUGUAUUUUUUUGUGAAAAGGAAAGUGCUCACUGAAAUGAAAUAAAGAUG